AUGUCUUGUCUUCCUUCCAGGGGCGAUAGUCCCGACGGCUCAGAUCCGACAACCCUUGAUGCAAUAAACGAUUCCUCGCCGCACGUUGAAAGCAAGAAUACACUCGAAUGCCCCAUCGAAGAGUCCUUGCAAGCCCGCAUCGAACGUCUCGGUCGCCAACGUCCUCCUACAUUCACGACUGCGUGGAGCGAGAUCUGUUUCGUGUUUAGCAUCGCCAUGUCACAGUUUUUGACGGAAUUCUUCGUCUCGGGCUUCACCGUGAUCCUUCCGACCCUGAUAAAAGAGCUUGAUAUCCCACAGGCAGCGAGUGUCUGGCCAGCCACGGCAUUUUCUCUCGUCAUUGCCAGCACUCUUCUCAUAUUCGGCCGUCUGGGUGAUAUCUGGGGCGGCUACCCCGUCUUUCUCUGGGGGCUCUCGUGGCUGUUGAUAUGGAGCAUCAUUGCAGGCUUCAGUAUCAAUCCGUUGAUGCUGGACUUUUGCCGUGCUCUGCAAGGUUUGGGUGCUGCGGCUUUUCUUCCCACGGGAGUCAUGUUGAUGGGAUCAAUCUACCGCCCCGGCCGACGAAAGAAUAUCGUUUUUGCAAUCUAUGGUACUUCAGCAGUCUUUGGCUUCUUUGGUGGCAUUUUCAUUGCUGGUAUUGUCGGUCAGUACCUGAGAUGGGGGUUCUAUUUCUGGAUCGGGGGGAUUCUCACGGCAAUCACACUGAUUAGCUCCGUCUUUUCCAUUCCCAAUCCGCGAUCCGGAAAGCCACCUUCAAACAAUGUCAAGAUGGACUAUCCAGGAGCUAUCACCAUUGCUGUCGGACUCACCCUCGUCGUCUUUGCCAUUACUCAAUCCGCGCAUGCUCCAGCGGGCUGGAGAACCCCCUACAUCCCCGUUUGUUUCGUCGUGGGUGUCCUCUCCCUCCUCGCCGCCGGUUACUUAGAAACGUCUGUUGCCGACCCCCUCCUUCCCGCCUCGAUAUUCACAACACCCGCAAUGACACCGCUCCUUUUGGCACUUCUCCUCCUAUACGGCACCUGGGGCAUCUUCUCCGUAUAUGGAACCCUCUACUUUCAAAACAUUAUGCUGGCCAGCCCGCUCCAAGUGGUGACGUGGUAUGUCCCCUUGGGCGUGGCCGGGCUCCUCUUUAGUAUACUAGAAGGCUACAUUCUGCACCUGGUACCGGGGCGCGUGCUCCUGGUCAUCUCAGGCCUGGGCGCGGUGGGCUCUCAGCUCUUGCUCGCCCUGAUUCCUCUGCAGGAGCGGGGCUACUGGGCCUACAUCUUCCCGGCCACGAUUCUCAGCACCAUUGGCAUUGACAUCUCGACCAUACUGGCCACGGUUUUCAUCACCACCACCUUUCCCGUGGCCCAGCAGGGCUUGGCUGGCGGCGUCAUCAACUCGGUGCUGCAGCUGGGCGUUGCGCUGACGCUCGGGCUCACCGAUAUCGUCCAGACGGCCACGGUGGACAAGGUGGGCCUGGGAAGAAGUUACAAGAACACGUUUUGGUUUGGUGUUGCAGCCGGAGCGGUGGGCUUGGUUAUCUUGGCUCUUUGGGGAAGAGUCCCAAAGGCGGAGAGCGAAUUAACAGAGGAAGAGAAGAGGGAAUUCAUGGAUGAAGCCAUGGGCGAGGCUCAUGGGAGGGAGUUGGAUGGAGGUGGGGUUGUUACGCGGGCAUGA